AUAGAGAGAUAAAGAUAAUUAAACAAGAGUCUUCUUCUCUUUUUGGUUGAAAACUUAAAAAGAAAAAAAAACAUUAGACCUAAACAUAAACGCAUAAGAGAGUUAGAGAGAAAGAGAGAGAGAGAGAAAGAGAGAGAGAGAGAGAGAGAGCGAGAGAGAGUGAAAGAGAAAGAAUACGUAAUUCCAAUGUAUUACGGUUUUCGUUUCGUCGAAGACAGUAAAAAAUGUCGUUGCCACGGGAAUGGAGUUUCCAGGAUUCGUGUAGAUCGGUCGACCGUGCGACCUCGACGGUCGGCUGUGGCACAGGAGGAAUUGGAGCAGCGUCACAGGAGAUGGUCAGUACGGCCGUCAUCGACGAAAAUAUGAAUCAACAGAAUCAGCUGGGUUCCUUACUCUCGAUUCAUUCCGCACCCGUAUUUGAUUUAAGUACUGGCGUGCCAUCCCCUAAAAGGCCGGCCUCGUUGAUGGUUCAAACUACUGCUACCUCGACACCGGUCGUGCCACCUCAUUUACAAAGUCCACCGGAUACGAUCGAGGACGAGGAUAAUGAAAAUCUCUUAACAAUAUCAAGUUUAACGGCUAGACCAUUGAUAGCGAAAUCCCGUGAGCUUCGUUCCUCUAAAACCAUUAAUUCGAAAAUCCCGCCAACCAAGAAGAAGAAGAAACCUAAAAGGAGAGAUACCAGAAAACUAAGGAAUCCUACUUAUAUACCUUUGGAUGGUGGAUAUGGUUGGGUCGUCGUAUUUGGUGCCUUUUUCGUCCAAUUUUGGGUCGCUGGCCUGGUCAAAUCCUAUGGCGUCCUCUAUGUCGAAAUCAUGGAAACGUUCAAGGACUCAUCAGCAUCGGUUGCAUCUUGGAUACCAGCUAUACUUUCUUGCCUUUGUCUCGCCUUGGCGCCUGUAACGAGUAUACUGUGUCAAAAGUAUAGCUGCCGUGCUGUCGUUUUCAUCGGUGGAUUGUUCUGUGCUUUAGGACUUACGACUAGUUAUUUCGCCACCAGCUUGAUACAUCUCUUUUUUACAUUUGGUAUCUUGACUGGGAUCGGUGGUGGAUUGUCGACAACACCAGGCAUCAUAAUCGUUUCUCAAUACUUCGAUAAGCAUCGUGCUCUAGCAAACGGUAUAUGCGUAUCAGGGACAGCAGCGGGAAGCUUUGUAUUUCCCCUUUUAAUCGAAACGUUAGUCAAGAAUUUUGGUUUUCACGGUACGAUAUUACUUUUGGGUGGAUGUAUGCUUCACGUAUGCGUCAGUGCGACAUUGUACAGGCCACUUGAGAAUAAUUAUCUUCCGGAUAAUGAAACGAACGACAAAGGGGUGAAGUCUGGUGAAAAAAAGAAUGACAGCAAUGGCGGACAGGAAGCAACGAAGCAACAGAAACUCGAUCUUCUCUUCGCCAAUGAUGCGACGGCUCGUCACAAUCUUCUCAACGAAUUAUUCCAUCAGAAUAGCGUGAUAGCUGUCGAAUUAACGGAUAGUGACGAAGAGAAGGACGUGAUGGGGGAAACUCUUAUGAUGAAACCAAUUUCAAAAAUACGAAGCUCGAGUAUAUUGCAUAGCGUUGAAGAUUUAUCAACUGACUCAACGUGCGUCUACAAAGCGAGAUCAUCCCUGAGAUCUCUUAGGUCUUCCGCCACAGUUGUAUGUCCUGCACCGAUACCCCAAACCGAUGUUAUGACUACUACGGAAGAACCCAAAACGAUAAUGCAAAAAGUUGCACGUUAUAUUGAUCUUUCCUUAUUGAAGAAUCCACAAUUUAUAAUGAUGUGCUUUUCAGUCAGUCUAAUGUCGACUGGAAGUCCAUAUAUGUUAUAUUACUUGCCAGCAUAUGUUCACGCGGGUGGAUAUACGAAAGCAGAAGCUGGUUAUCUCGUAGCUAUCUCGGCUGCUCUCGAUUUAUGUGGCAGACUUGGAUUAGGUUGGCUCUCUGAUUUGCAACUUUUUGAUCGACGAAAAGGAUACAUUGGAAGUGUCGUUGGUGCCGGUGUUGCGGUGUUAACAAUACCAAUGGCUCAUUCGUUUUACGUCUUAGCGUGUUCCGUUGGAAUGUACGGAUUAUGCUUGGGGUGUUGGUUUCUUUUAGUUCCCGUCCUUCUUGCUGACCAAUAUGGAACUGAUAAAAUAUCUUCGACUUAUGGAUUGGUCAGAAUGUUUCAAAGUGUUGGCGCUAUUUCUAUACCACCUCUCGCAGGUUAUUUACGUGAUGUGACUGGAAGUUACACCGUAUGUUUCCUGUGUAUGGGUACAUGCAUGGUAAUGGGAGGUUUGCCUCUCCUAUUGGUAUUCAAUGAAGUACCAAAACCAACGAAGCUGCCCGUUAAUAAUACUGAAAAUAAUAAUUGUCAAGGAGAUACAAAUGUGAAAGAAUAAAAUAUUUUGCAAGUGUGUGAUAUUCCUUGAAGAAAAGAGAGAGAGAGAGAGAGAGCGAGAGAGCGAGAGAGAGAGAGAGAAAGAGAGAGAGAAAGAGAGAGAAAAAGAGAGAGAAAAAGAGAGAGAAAAAGAGAGAGAGAGAAAGAGA